CAAACAGGGUAGAUCAUGCCUGAUCCAGCCAAGUCUGCACCAGCCGCCAAGAAAGGCUCUAAGAAAGCCGUGACCAAGACUCAGAAGAAAGAUGGCAAGAAGCGUAGGAAGACCAGGAAGGAGAGCUAUGCCAUCUACGUGUACAAGGUGCUGAAGCAGGUCCACCCCGACACCGGUAUCUCCUCCAAGGCCAUGGGGAUCAUGAACUCCUUUGUUAAUGAUAUCUUUGAGCGCAUCGCAGGAGAAGCCUCUCGCCUGGCUCACUACAACAAGCGCUCCACCAUCACUUCCCGGGAGAUCCAGACCGCCGUGCGCCUGCUGCUACCCGGAGAGCUGGCAAAGCACGCCGUGUCCGAGGGCACCAAGGCUGUCACCAAGUACACCAGCGCCAAGUAAUGGCAUUCUUCUACUUUACUAUAAACCCAAAGGCUCUUAUAAGAGCCACCCACACUGUCUGUCAGAGCUCUAAUCCUCGUGAU